AUGGCCUUCGCCUACGUCGGGUCCGCCCAGGUGCAGCCGGCGGCCAUCGAGGCGCUCGACUCCGACCUGGACUGGGUUUUGCCGCUGGGAGACGACUACGCGAUGGCGCACUUGAUGCAGCGGAGUUCGGCGUCGCUCCCGCCCUGGGCGGUGGAACGCCUGGGCGAUGUCAUCGACGCGCGCGGGGACAAGCUUCGCUGGCUGCCGAGAAGCUAUCGCGAGAGGUUAUUGGACGUGCUGCUGCGGCUGCGGCAGCCGAUCAUCCUUCAGUGCAUCUGGCUGAGGCUGCGGUCUCGGCUGCGGCAGCCGCUGGUGGCCGAGUGGAGGCGCCGCUUUGGGGGUGGUGCCGACAGGGCGCGCGACCGCGCUGGUCGCGCCCACAAUUUUUUGGCGGCGUUCUGCACGCAGCACGCCGAUCAGGGCGCGGCGGCCGUGGCGGCAGCAGUGGACCUCAGCAAGUACUACGAGCACGUGUCGCACGUCAUUCUGUUGCGCGAGGCUCGCGUGACAAAGUUCCCCCCGCCGUUGCCGAAGGAGCCCCGGACCUCCGAGGUCGAGGGCCGAGGCCUUGAGAAGCAUCCGAGGGAGCAGCAGACGGAGCUGCAGAGCGGCGACAGGGGGCCCGUCGCCAGCGGCAGCUGCCUGCCCCGGCCGCCGCCUCAGCCACACAGGCCGCCGCAGCAGCAGCCUGCGCCGCAGCGGCUCCAGUCGCGGCCCAGCGCCCCAGUGCUCCGCCCAAUGGCGCAGUCCACCCCAGCGCCUGCACUGGGCGGACCGGCGGGCGUCGCCACAGGCCCUGGCGGCCCGACUCCCGCCGCACAAGUGGCGCCCGCCGAGCCGCCCGCGGACACCCCCGCCGCCGCGCCCGAGCCAGUCGCCGCCGCGGCGGCGCCCCGCGCGGCGCCGGGCCGCCGCGAGGCGGACAUCUCGCAGCUGCUUCCAGUGCCCGAGUUUGAGACGCGGCUCAAGAAGUUGGAGAGCAGCCUGCGGCGGGAGAAGCCCCGCGGCAGCCCCGGCAUCACCCCGCUUGGGCAGUGCCGGGCGACGCCCGCCGCCGACCGCGCCGCGGGCGCGCGCGGCGGCAGGAGGGCCGCUGGGGGCGGCGACCCGGGCCCGCGGGGUCAGGCUUGAGCAGCGGCCGCGGCGGCACGCUGCGCGGCCAGGGGCCGCCGCGUUCUCCUGCACAGGGAGGAGGGCCACGACCUCCUCGCGUCGUUUGGAGGAAAUAUGCCGCCGCGCCGGUCGUGCCAACGCGCGGCCGUCUGCCCUGGGAAGGGCGCCUGGCCCACCAGGGCAAGCUCCGCCUCGGAAACGCGGCAGGUUUGCCGUGAGGUUUUUUGCCGCGGUGCCAGCUUCGAUUACUUGGGCGCGGGACGCAGGCUCCCUCUCACCCCCCCUCCCCCUCCCUGGAUGAUUGACUCAGCGCUGCCGCAAUUCCUCUGCCAGCCGAACGCCGCGCCGCCCGCGCGCGCGCGCGAUCGCGCGCGGCCCCGCGCCCGGGUAGGGGAAGAGGAGUGACAGAGAGCGAGAUAGAGAUAGACCCGCGAGUCCGAGACUCAGGAGGCGUGGUUUCACCGAAUCGGGGAGAGCUCCCUCCCGGAUCGGCUUUCGUUUUUUGUUGCGUCGCUCUCCAGCCGUG